AUGACCGACCAGGCUACCCUCGACAAGCUGAACGCCGGCUUCAAGCGCCUGCAGGACUCCAAGGAGUGCCACUCGCUGCUGAAGAAGUACCUGACGCAGGAUGUCUUUGACAAGCUGAAGUCUCGCAAGACCGCCAUGGGCGCCACCCUGCUCGAUGUCAUCCAGUCAGGUGUUGAGAACCUCGACUCCGGCUGCGGUGUGUACGCUCCGGACGCCGAGUCGUACAAGACCUUCGGCGAGCUGUUUGAUCCGAUCAUCGAGGACUACCACGGUGGCUUCAAGCCCACUGACAAGCAUCCGCCGUGCGACUUUGGCGACAUCAACCAGUUCGUCAACGUUGACCCGGAGAACAAGUACGUCAUCUCCACUCGAGUUCGAUGCGGUCGCUCUCUGCAGGGCUACCCAUUCAACCCCUGCCUCACUGAAGCUCAAUACAAGGAGAUGCAGGACAAGGUGAAGGCCCAACUGGCCACCUUCGAGGGCGAGCUCAAGGGCUCCUACUUCCCGCUGACUGGCAUGGACAAGAAGACCCAGCAGCAGCUCAUUGACGACCACUUCCUCUUCAAGGAAGGUGACCGUUUCCUGCAGGCCGCCAACGCCUGCCGAUACUGGCCAACUGGUCGUGGCAUCUACCACAACGAUGCCAAGACCUUCCUCAUGUGGGUCAACGAGGAGGAUCACCUCCGCAUCAUUUCCAUGCAGAAGGGCGGCGACCUAAAGCAGAUCUUCGGUCGUCUCGUCAAGGCCGUCAAGCACAUUGAGCAGAAGAUUCCUUUCUCGCACGACGACCGCCUGGGCUUCCUCACCUUCUGCCCGACCAACCUGGGCACUACGAUCCGUGCCUCGGUGCACAUCAAGCUGCCCAAGUUGGCUGCCGACCGCAAGAAGCUGGAGGAGGUGGCCGGCAAGUACAACCUGCAGGUCCGUGGCACUGCCGGUGAGCACACCGAGUCGGUGGGUGGUGUCUACGACAUCUCCAACAAGCGCCGCAUGGGUCUGACUGAGUACCAGGCCGUGAAGGAGAUGCAGGACGGCAUUCUGGAGCUCAUCAAGAUUGAGAAGUCUAUGUAA